AUGGUUAGUUUAAGACAUUCGCUGCGAGAGCUGAUGGAUGAACACGGCACACGGGGCAAAUUGUUGAACGCCUUGCAGCAUACGGCAAAGCGUGAGAUCCAGCUGGGGCCACGAACACCUGUGGAUCGCAUCGAGGCCGAGGUGGGUAUGGCGCUCGACCUCAUCAAAAAUGCCAUGCAGUUGAAUGCAGUUCCGGUGGUCAUAAAGCUGGUGCGCUGCGACGGCCGUUGUUCUCGCAUCGUGUAUCCUGCGCGGGGCUCGACGACGAGUGCUGGCGCAAGGCGUGCUGCAACGUUCGUCAGCGUGCUGAAGACAGUGCAUACACGAAUGCGCUCGCGCCAGACUGCAACCGUGCGGGACGUAUUCUACGGUAACGUGGAGCUUUACGGCCGCCAGCAGGUGGUGGUCGACUGGCUGGUAGCGCUGGAGCAGUGCUUUGGCGUCGAGAAGAGUGUCUUCCGCAUUUUGGCCGCGCAGAAGGGGUUGGUCCACGUGCCAGUACCAUUGGAGGUCGAAGGACAAGAACUGAAGGGCGUCGGCCUGAUUCCAUAUGUCUCUGACAGCUCCUGUGUGUCGUGCAAGCAGUGGGAUGCUGUGGAGGCGGUGAUCGUGGUCGAAAAGGAAGCCGUGUUCCAUCGGCUCACCCGUGCGGCUGCCUACUGCAGUAACAAGAUCAUCAUUACUGGCAAGGGCUACCCCGACCAGCUCACGAGGGUUUUCCUAUACAGGCUACUCGCUUCCGCGCCCCGAAAUGUUGCUGUGCGCGCAAUCGCAGACAGCGACCCAUAUGGGAUAGACAUCGUGCUCAAAUAUUGCGGCGCCUCGCCCGCACCAGGCAUGCAGCGCUUCGACUACGGCGGGAUUUUUAUUAGGGAUCUCAUUGACGCGGGCGUCUGCGCCAAUCCCGUCACCGAGGGGUGCACCCUUCAGGACAUGUCCCUGCGAGAAUGGAAGAUGGCGCAGAAAAUGCUCAUUGCGCUAUGCAACGAAGGGGAGCGUGGGUACCUCAGCAACAGCGGGGCUGCGAGUAUUCGCCGAGAGCUCCAGUGGCAGCUUCUGUCCUUCAAGAAGGGCGAGAUGAACGCAAUUAUGUAA